AUGAUUGUCUCCCUCCAGAAGCUCAAUACCAGUCUCGCAAGGAGUUGGUGGGAGCAAGCAAUUAAUGCGUGGGCUGCAACGCGAGGCUACGCGCCUAUUGCGCGCAGGUCAACUACCAAAUCCACUGGCAGGAAGAUGGUCACAUAUGCAUGUGAUGGGUUUUGGCCACGUGAAGUUUCAACAGAAAAGGACCCUAAACGUCAAGUCACUGCUAGGCAGGAACCAAGGCUUUACAUAGAUGACUUCCACCAACAGUGGCAUAUGAAGCGCAACGGAGGGCAACCACAACUAAUCCUCGAACCUGUUGGAGUUGAGCCAAGGAUCCAAAAAAGUUCAACGAUUGCGCGGUCAAGCACCGAGCUGGAACAAGCACAUUCGAACGACCUAAAAAGCAAGCGCCGACGUGUUCAAGGUGUCACGCUGUUGGUUAUCGAAGGUCGUCGAAAAUAUGUCCUCUUCGGCGACAAGAGAUACUAUUGGAAUCGUAUGGCAUUGACGGGCUGGUCUCGAGACGCAGAAGAUACCUUGGCUAGUCAGUUUCCAGAUACGACUCAGGAUACAAUUCGAGAUACCACUCAAGAUAGCACCCAAGAUGCAAGUACAAGUUACGAUUCAAGACACGAUAGUAGUGCAAAGUCUGCCUCCACGGCCACAACAGAUUAG